UGAUGAUUUGUCCGUAUAAUAAGUCGCGUACCGGUCACCAUCCUAUUUUCCACAAGAGAAAGGAACGAAAUAGAACAUUAGCAAGAAGAAGAAGAAGAAAAGUCCCAAAAGGGAGGGGGGGGUUGACCAGCGUUGCCGGUUGAUUGGUUGCAAAUUAUGAACGAAUAAAUUGUGCUAAUAAUACAUUUCUAGAAGUGAAAGUAAAUGGUAUGACGUUGAGCAUGGAGGCAGCAGUAGCAGGCAACGGGCAGGGCGGGGACGUGGGGACGAGGAAGGUGGUGGGGAAAUUCAGAGGCGGCGGCGGCGGAAAGCCCCUGAUAGUGAUGAUAUGCGGGUCCCUGGUGUACUACCACUGCGCCUACCGCAAUUCCAGCCUGGUGUCUCUGGUCUCCGACGUCUUCAUCGUCCUGCUCUGCUCCCUGGCCAUCCUCGGGCUCCUCUUCCGCCAGAUGAACAUCCAGGUCCCCGUCGAUCCCCUGGAGUGGCAGAUUUCCCAGGAUUCCGCCAACUCUAUCUUCGCAUGCCUCGCCAACACCAUCGGGGCCGCCGAGUCUGUCCUCAGGGUCGCCGCCACCGGCCACGACAAGCGCUUGUUUUUCAAGGUUGUUGCUAGCCUUUACCUGCUAUCGGCACUGGGAAGACUGGUCUCGACUGCCACAGUUGCUUAUGCUGGACUUUGCCUUCUAUGCCUUUACAUGCUCACUGAGGAAUCAAGGUUGAUGAGCACGUGUUUCUCGUGGUUUUCUUGGAGAAGGGAUUGCCCAGCUUCGGUCCAAGAUUGAAGAUAUUAGCAGUGCUGCCUAGCACCACCUCUUAUUUUUGCAUUACUACCCGCACUCUGCCGCCGGUCUAAAAGCUUCAUCUCGUCUCUUUCCUGCCAAAGACAACGAGCUGCUAAGCACUAAAUUGGUGACAUAUGUUGACCACUGUCCUUGUAUUGCCGCACAAUAUUUGUAAACUGCAUUUCCAACUCUUGCUUCCAUCGCGUAUUGGACAGAGUUUGUUUUUUCACAGGCUAAUUUGCGCUUGAGGCUCGUAUUCUUUGUCGCGUUACCUUGAUUUAGGGUUUAGGAUCUCCUUCUUGUUGAAAUGUCUCGGCAGAACGUUAACCUGCUAAUCAAACUGUCCAUAUUUUCUCAA